UGCUCAGAGUGUGGAAAGAGAUACAAUGAUAGGGGGGCUCUUAAAAAUCAUCAGAGAAAUCACACAGGGGAGAAACCUUUUGAAUGCUCUGAAUGUGGUAAGAGAUUCAGUUAUGGUGUCACUCUUCGAAGGCAUCUGAUAACCCACACAGGAGAUGCUUUUGAAUGCUCAGAGUGUGGAAAGAGAUUCAAUGACAGAGGGACUCUUAAAAAGCAUCAGAGAACCCACACAGGGGAGAAACCUUUUGAAUGCUCAGAAUGUGGAAAGAGAUUCAGUGAGAGGGGGACUCUUCAAAAGCAUCAGAGAAUUCACACAGGAGAGAAACCUUUUGAAUGCUCAGAGUGUGGAAAGAAAUUUGGUCAAAGUGGCAAUCUUCAAAAGCAUCAGAGAACCCACACAGGGGAGAAACCUUUUGAAUGCUCUGAGUGUGGAAAGAGAUUCAGUCACAAUUACGAACUUCAGUCGCACCAGAGAACUCAUACAGGAGAGAAACCUUUAGAAUGCUCAGAGUGUGGAAAGAGAUUCAGACAGAGUGUGAGUCUUCAAUCACACCAAAGAACCCACACAGGGGAGAAACCUUUUGAAUGUUCAGAGUGUGGAAAGAGAUUUGGGUUGAGUGGCACUCUUAAAAAGCAUCACAGAAUCCACACAGGAGAGAAACCUUUUGAAUGCUCAGAGUGUGGAAAGAGAUUCAGGCAGAGUGGCACUCUUAAAAAGCAUAAUAGAACCCACACAGGGGAGAAA